CAUGGAACAAAAAUCAGAUACCUCCUAUUUAAGGAGUUUACUGUCUAGCCCUGCUAGACAUGCAACUCCAGCUGUGCCUAUACCAGAUUGGUCCACACCGACCACUUCUGGCAUAUCCAGUAUGGGCCCCCCUGCUGCUGUUACACCUAAAGCUGCUUCACAAAUGAUGGUUCUUACUCCGGGCUCUGGAGUAGGUGAUCCACACACAAAUAUUACUUUACAAAAUUGUGUUGCAACCCUAGACUUGGGCUGUGAACUGAAUUUAAUGUCAAUUAAUUUUCGCACACGAAAUUCCGAAUAUAAUCCCGCACGUUUCAAUGGCGUUAUAAUGCGUAUCAGGGAGCCAAGAACAACAGCCUUAAUUUUCAGAUCAGGUAAAAUUGUAUGCACCGGUGCCCGUAACGAACAUGACGCUCUUUUGGCAGCUAAAAAAUUUGCCAGGAUAAUACAAAAACUUAAUUUUCAGGUGAAAUUUACUAAGUUUAAGGUACAAAAUCUUGUAGCUACUUGUGAUCUUCGAUUUCCAAUUAAGUUAGAGAAUUUAAAUCAAAUGCAUGGACAAUUUAGCAGUUAUGAACCUGAACUAUUCCCCGCAUUAAUUUAUAGAAUGGUGAAGCCACGGCUAGUAAUGUUAAUAUUUGUUAAUGGUAAAAUUGUAUUUACCGGCGCUAAAACACGAAAUGAAAUAAAGGAAGCAUUAGAUAAUAUAUUUCCAAUACUUAGGAGUUUUAGGAAGAAUUAGUUUUUUUAUUGCAUUUAUUAAGUAUAACUACCAAUGUGUUUAUAAGUUGGUACUUUUUUAAUUUAUUGAGUUGUAUUAAUUUUGUACAUAAUAUCUUUAAUAAAGCAAUUUUGAUCACAA